GGGAUUUAUUUACAUCCGGGAUCUAUUUGCUGUAUUGCGGAAUCUGUUGACAGAAUGCCGAUCUUCUACAGUCUCGUUGCUCGUUCAUCAACAGUGCUGUGCGAGCACACGGAGAUGACAGGCAACUUCUCGACGAUCGCCACUCAGAUACUCGGUCGUCUUCCUUCGAAUGACACGAAAGUGACGUAUUCGAGUGACGAAUAUCUCUUCCACAUCGUCGUAUCAGAUGGAAUAACCUUCAUGUGUCUCACUGAUCGUGAAAUGAGUCGGAGGCAGGCGUUUGGCUUCCUAUUUGAGAUACAACGCAAAUUCACUUCCGGUGCGUCUAAUCUGCUAACGCGCGCUAAGACGGCAAAUUCGUACGAGUUGAACAGAGACUUUGCUAAUGUACUGGCAACUGAGAUGACACGGUAUUCGAAAGGAGUGCCAGGAGACCAACUUUCCGUGUUGCAAGAUCAGGUUGAUGAGGUAAAGGAUAUCAUGACUCAAAACAUUGAAAAGGUUCUCGAACGAGGCGAAAAAAUCGAGAUUCUUGUCGACAAGACAGAGGAGUUGUCAUCGACAGCCGACAGCUUCCAAAAGUCAAGCACAAGACUCAAACGCAGCCUGUGGUGGCAGGACAAGAAAUGGACAAUUGUGAUUGUGAUAGUCGUUGUACUCGUACUAGGAGUCAUCACUCUUGCCAUUCUCGGUGGUCUUAAUGUCAUAUGAUGAACUGCAAUUGACAGUCGAUGAAUAAGCGAGCAUGCUGGCUGGAUUUAAUAUCUUUUGUUGCCGGUUUUGUAAAGUUUAGUGGGCAUUUCUUAUUGUUGUCAGUUGCAUGUUGGGUCUUUCUUUUGUAGUAGUUGAUGUUUCAAGAGCAAAACUGUAUAGUUGACA